UUCGAAUUCACAAACCCACCCGCCCGGUUCGAUCAACGAUUGAUGAAUAAAAAAUAUGUGGAAGAAGAUCAAUGAUCAAGGGAAAGAUUAAGAUUGGAAGCUGCCCAUUUGGAAAAAAGAUUGAGAUUGGGCAGCAUACAAGGCUGAGCGUUGGUAUGAGUGGAGAGAGACGGAGGAGAGAGAGGAUGGUCAGACAAGAUUAACACACGCAAGGAAAAAAAAGGAGGGGAGCAAUCGGGCAGAGAGAACAAAGAAAGAGAGAAAAAAGAGGAUCGAGAAAAGAAGAUUUACACGAGCACACCCACACAUACCGCAAAAAUAACACAUCGACGUAAUCUAGCGGAGUUCUUUUUAUUUCUUUUCUUUUUAUUUUUCUCCUCGUUAUUAUUUUUUUGGAUGGGAGACUGUGAGCGCGUAAUGAGUUGGUGGUGGUGUAAUUGUUUGCUUCCCGGCGUUGUUCUUCUUGUUCUUGUUGUUGUUGUUGUUGGGUAUCACAAUAAUAAUAAAAAUAAUAAAAAUAAAGAGAGUUGUCGUUUAAUUCCUCUUCGUUCAUCGCAUUCCAACAUCUCAUCUUCGGGUCUUCGCUUUUAUUCUUGUGUUGUUGGAUUGCUUCUCGUCGAUAGGAAUAAUAAAUUUUCGCUUCCUGCUUUGCUUUCCUCUAUUUGGAAAGCAAUCGGCGAAUGGGGUGCGUGGUGGGUUGCCCCCUCUUGCUUCUCUUCGUCCUCCUCUUCUCUUUUGGGUUCUUCUUUAUCUUUGCGAUAUUCGAGGACGUGGGGAGCGAUUGUUCUUCGCUUGGUGGUGGUGGUGUUUUUAUUCGGUGACAGGGAAAUUGUUCUUUCGGGUUGCUUUCUUCCUCUGCGAAUCGGCUCUUCGUUCUUCCUGAGAGUACUUUGUAGCGGCCUUUGGUGGGGAUCCGAGAGCGGUUUUGGGGUUCCGGGGUUGAGAUUUGGCUUCGGGUGAGGGUUAGGGUUCUCAAUCUUUUGUUGGGGACUGUUUCUUUUGCGGAUCUGAUAUGGAGAAUUCGGAGGAGGAGAAGAAGCGGCCGCCGGAAGGAGAGAAGACGACGAAGAGGAAGAUGAAGACCGCCGGCCAGCUUGAGCUUCUGGAGAAAACAUAUUUGAGGGAAAAUUACCCGUCCGAGUUCUUGCGGGCGGAGCUAUCGGAGAAGUUGGGGCUGACGGACAGGCAGCUGCAGAUGUGGUUCUGCCAUAGGCGGCUUAAGGACAGGAAGAUUGCAUUAAAGAAGGCUAUGAAGGAAGGAGUCGAUAACAAGGACUCUCCCGGCCGCGACGACUGGAGCGGGUUGCCGGAACAGAGGAAGGGGGGAGGGGUUGGCGGCACCGGUGCGGCUGUGCCGAGGAUUGUUUGCGAGGGACCGUCUCCUCCCCACCCUCCUCCCCCUCCUCCUCCUUCCGCUCUAGUGAAGAGGUAUUGUGAUCCUCCUUUGGGUGUUCCGGCGCCUCCGCCGAUUCUUUGGCACCACCACCAUCAUCAUCAGCAGUCGUCGAUGGCCGAGCUCCAUGCGAUCUCUGUUGUGGAGGCCCAACUCGGAGAACCAUUACGUGAAGAUGGUCCUCUUCUCGGCAUUGAAUUCGACCCCUUGCCUCCAGAUGCUUUCGGGAGGCCGAUAGUUCCGUCCGCAGGUAAUCCAAAGCAUGGUGGUUGGCAGUAUGACAGCAAAACAUAUGAAAGGCAAGAUGGGAAAUCGAUCAAGAGUUCACUGGCCACUCCAGGCAUGGAACCAGGGUAUAUAUCAAGUUCUUCCGGCAGCAAGAGAAAAGCUUCUGUGAACAGUGUUCAUAUGUUACUUCCUCAACCUGGCACAAGGGCUCUCCAUGAGUAUCAGUUUCUCCCUGAGCAGCCCAGCGCCAGGUCUGAAACAUAUGAUAGGACAGGUCAGUCAGAUUUUUAUGAUUCUCCAAUUGACUCUUUUGGGACGCGGAGCUCAUCAUUGCCUACAGGAGGACCAUUUUCGCAUAGCAGUGAGCAUCUUGGUUCUGGGUAUCCUUUCCAGAGUCAUGCAUCAAAUGUUAAUCUUUUGCAACAUGGCAGACAUGGUCAUCUCUUCUCACCAAGUUCUGUGGAUCCGGAUGGUGUCACAGUUAAAAACUCUCUGGUGAAUUAUGGAGCUGAUGCUCCAUUAGGAUCUCAUGCUGUUCUUCGUCUAGAAAAUACCUUUAUUUCACCAGAAAAACAACUUUAUUCAGAAGAAGAUGCUUCUAGGAUGGAAAGAAAACGGAAGAGUGAAGAAGCUAGAAUAGCAAAGGAGGUUGAGGCCCAUGAGAAGAGGAUCAGGAAGGAGCUUGAGAGGCAAGACAUUAUUAGGCGAAAGAAAGAGGAACAAAUGCGCAGAGAUCUUGAGAAACAAGAUCGUGAAAGGAGAAAAGAAGAAGAAAGAAUGUUGCGUGAAAAACAAAGAGAAGAGGAACGGUUCCAGCGAGAACAAAGGCGUGAACUUGAAAGAAGAGAGAAAUUCUUGCAGAAGGAAAAUCUUAGAGCUGAGAAAAUGCGGCAUAAAGAGGAGCUACGUAGGGAAAAGGAGGCAGCAAGAAUUAAAGCUGCCAAUGAAAGGGCAACAGCUCGCAAAAUUGCUCGUGAGUCUUUGGAGCUUAUUGAAGAUGAGCGCUUAGAACUUAUGGAGUUAGCUGCAUCCAGCAAAGGGCUUCCUUCUAUUGUUUCUCUCGAUUCUGAAACGUUGCAGCAUCUGGAGUUGUUUAGAGAUAAGUUAAUCUCAUUUCCACCCAAAUCAGUACAAUUGAAAGCGCCUUUUGGAUUUCAGCCUUGGAUUGAUUCUGAGGAGAACAUAGGAAACCUUCUAAUGGCUUGGAGGUUUUUAAUUACCUUCGUUGAUGUUCUUGAACUUUGGCCGUUUACCCUGGAUGAAUUCGUUCAAUCUUUCCAUGACUACGACCCACGAUUGCUGGGGGAGAUACAUAUUGCUCUCCUGAAAUCCAUCAUAAAGGACAUUGAAGAUGUGGCAAGAACUCCUUCUGUUGGGCUAGGAGCUAGCCAAAACAGUGCUGCCAAUCCAGGUGGUGGACACCCACAAAUUGUUGAAGGAGCAUAUGCUUGGGGUUUUGACAUACGAAGCUGGCAGCGCCAUUUGAAUCCUUUGACAUGGCCUGAAGUACUGAGGCAAUUAGCAUUAUCAGCAGGAUUUGGGCCAAGGUGGAAAAAAAGCAUUCCUCAAAGGCCCUGUUUUCGAGAUGACAAUGAGGGACAUGAUGGUAUGGAUGUAGUAUCUACUUUAAGAAGUGGUGCAGCUGCUGAAAGUGCUGCUGCUAUGAUGCAAGAAAAGGGCUUCUCGUAUUUAAGGAGGUCCAGACAUCGGUUAACACCCGGAACAGUAAAAUAUGCAGCAUUUUAUGUUCUUUCACUGGAGGGAAGUCGAGGACUUACAAUUUUAGAGGUGGCUGAAAAAAUUCAGAAAUCUGGUCUUCGGGACCUUACGACCAGUAAGACACCAGAGGCUUCCAUAGCUGCUGCACUGUCAAGAGAUGCAAAUCUGUUUGAAAGAACUGCUCCAUCUACAUAUUGUGUGCGACCAGCUUUUAGAAAAGAUCCUGCUGAUGCAGAAGCCAUACUACAGGCUGCCAGGGAGAGGAUACAAAUGUUUCAAAAUGGUCUGUCUGAUUCAGAAGAAGCUGAGAAAGAUACAGAGGAUAAUGAUGUUGAACGGGAGGAGGAUUUUGAAUGUGAGGCCCCAGAAGACCCUGAAAUUGAUGAGCCAGUCAAUCUGGGCACUUCCGCAGGAGAUGUUGGCAAGAAUAAUUCAUCUCCAUUGGAAAGCACAAAAGAUGGGGAUCUAGCUGGUGACAACUAUCAGAGUAAUGAGAACAGUCUCAUGGAAAAUAAUACUGAUAAUGAAGACAUAGAGAUUGAUGAAAGCAGCAUUGGUGAACCAUGGGUACAAGGCCUAGUUGAAGGAGAAUAUUCAGAUCUGAGUGUUGAGGAGAGGCUUCAUGCUCUUGUUGCAUUAAUUGGCGUAACAUUAGAGGGCAAUUCCAUCCGUGUUGUGCUUGAGGAACGGCUGGAGGCAGCAAAUGCUUUGAAAAGACAAAUGUGGGCUGAGGCUCAAUUGGAUAAAAGGCGCAUGAAAGAAGAGAUCAUGUCAAAGUUUCAAGUCUCUCCUUUUACAAUUGUGAAAGCUGAGGGAACCCCAAACGGUGCAGGGUUAGAAGAAGGGCAAAGCCCUUUAGUUGGGGUGGAUAACAAGUCAAAUGAUCUACCAGCACUCUCACAAACCAAGCAAGAGCAAAUUCUUGAACAAGAAGGGGCAACUAAUUAUCUUAAUAAUACUUUAAUUGAAAGAAACUUGUCAAUGCAAGAUUUACCCGUGGGCCCAGAAAUCUCACCUUUGCAGCAGUCUGCAUUUGCUGCUGAGAAGUCACGAUCUCAACUAAAAGCAUACAUUGGCCAGCGGGCUGAAGAGUUGUAUGUGUAUAGAUCUUUGCCUCUUGGUCAAGAUCGUAGGCGUAACAGGUAUUGGCAGUUCGUUACUUUUUCAGGAAAUGAUCCUGGACGAGGAAGAAUCUUUUUUGAGUCCACAGAUGGGCGCUGGAGACUGAUUGAUUCAGAGGAGACGUUUGAUGCACUUUUGUCAGCUUUAGAUGUUCGUGGGCUAAGGGAAGCCCAUCUCCAUUCCAUGUUGCAGAAAAUAGAGAAGUCAUUCAGGGAGGCUACUAAAAAGAGUGUUUCUGGCUUAGCCAUGACUGAUCUAAACAGUGUUGCUUCCAAUGCUGAUGCAAGUGAAGCAGCUUUCUUUUAUGGUAACAAUGUUGAAAUCAGCAGCCCAUCAAGUAUUGUUUGUGGUGAUAGUCCUGAGGCCCUGGAGUAUUCAAAAUCAUUUAAGAUUGAUUUAGGGAGCAGUAACGUUGAGAAAAUUGAUGCUUUAAGGAGAUACCAUGAAUUCCAGAAAUGGAUAUGGAUGGAAUGCUUUCACUCUUCUAGUUUAUGUGCAACAAAGUAUGGAAAGAAAAGAUGUUUUGAUCUCUUUUCUACUUGUGAUGUGUGCUAUGAUCUACAUUUGUCGAAAGACAAGCAUUGUCGCUAUUGUCAUGAAACCUUUGAGAGCUCUCAUAGAACUGACACUUCAUUUAAUCAACACAUCGAUGACUGUGAAGAAAAGAGAAAAGUGGAUCCAAGAUGGAAGUAUUGUGCGUCAAAUUCUUCAGUUCCCAUGCGUGUUCGGGUUUUGAAGGCAUUGUUAGCAUUGAUUGAGGUAUCGUUGGCAUCAGAAGCACUUAAGAGCUUCUGGUCAGAAGUCUACAGGAAAUCAUGGGGCAUAAGGUUGCAUGGCUCCACAUCCUCGGAGGAACUUCUUCAGGUCCUGAUGAUGUUAGAGGCUGCUGUUAAACGGGACUUUUUGUCUCAAAGCUUUGAAACAGCCAAAGAAUUGUUAGGUUCUGCUGGACAUUCAUAUGCUCCGGAUGGUUCAUUUGUCCCUGGCUCUCUUACCGUGCUUCCGUGGAUACCACGUACAACAGCUGCUGUUGCACUCAGACUGUUGGAGUUUGAUGCAUCCAUUUCUUACACAAUGCAUCAAAGACUAGGAGCACAGAGAGACAAGGAAACUGAAGAGUUUGUUAGGGUCCCUUCAAGGUUCACAAUUGCCAAAAGCACCCACGAUUUUGAUCCUAUGGACGUAGCAGAUGAAACUGAAUAUCGGCAAGAUGACCGAUUGGUUGAUUCAAUACAUGGACGGAUGUAUAUGCGUGGACGAGGAGGUCGUGGGAGAGGAAGGGGUCGUGGUCGGAGUGGUAGAGGAGGAAGAGGUAAUGGUGGUACUAGAUCAGAGGUUUCUAAAGUAAGUAUAGGCCAUUCCCUAAAGUUGGUGCAAGGUCGUGGAAGGAAAGGGCGGUCUCGUGGAAGAGGACGUGGUCGGGGUUCACGAACAUUACGUGGGAAGCAGCUUUCAAGGAAAGCCAGAGAUAAAAAAGGUGUCAUGGUGCACCGUUUCAAUGGUGAGGGUAGUGUUGGGCGCGCUGCUAGUAGCAGCAAGGAGUCAUCAAGAAGGUCAGCCAGGGCAGUGUGGGAUGUGGAAGAAGCUUCUGCACAUGCAAUUGAAGAAAAUGGAAACAGUGUACUCGAGUUGUCUGAAUCUGAUGAUAAUGAACAAGCAUCUGGUGAUGAGUUCGACGAGCCAGACAGUAAUUAUAAUGGUCCCUAUAGUGGCAGAGAUGAAGGUGGGAUGCUACAGGACAGUGAGGUGGAAGAUGAGGAUCCAGAAGAUGAUGAUGUUUGUGGCAAUGUAGGGGCCUCUGAUGAUGAUGAGGAUGAUGAUGACAAUGAUGUUGAUGAUGAUGAUGAUGAUGAUGGAGGCGGUGGUGGCGAUGCUGAAGAUGUGGAUGAUGAAGAUGUUGAUGGGGAUGCAGGGGAUGGGGAUGAUGGUGAUGAUGGGGAUGAUGAUGAUGAUGAUGACCGGUCGGGAUCUUCCCCUGUAUAUUACAGUGAAUAAGCAUCUGUUUUUGUUUCAGAUUGUUGUCCAAUGAGUGAUGCCUUAGCGUGUACAUAUUUGAGAAAUCCCUUUCCUGGUGGCGACCUAUGGGGACUGGCUGUGUUGAUCACGUUGCAAGGUACUUAUGAAAGCAGUACAGGGGGGUCCUGGUUCAAUAGAGGUGUGCCCUUUGUACCAUGGAUUUUCGUUUGAGCAAGGUGGGCCAUGUUGUCGGGAAGACCAUGGUGGGCAAGAAUUUCCUGGAUUUGGCCGGGGGGCCAAGUGUAGCUGUCCAGGAUGAGGCAACUCUACACUUUUCUCUCAAACAUAAUCAAUCAAUUCAGUAGAUCGAGGGGGAAUCCAUCUCCCUCUGAGGGCGCUCAUGGAAGCCAAUGUUAGUCCAUCUUUCUACUAAUCGAAGUAAAUUAUGCAUUUUUGUAUUCUUGUUCUUUUUAGUUAAUUUUACUAUACUGAAAUAGCAAUAGUAGAGCUGCAGCAGUAGCAAUAGGGGAACACGAUGGAAAACAGAGGUCAAGCUUUUGGUUCCAUCGGCAGCUAUCAGAGGGCGAUAUGUUUUGUUGAAUAUCCGACAGCAAUGUGUUUGGUUUAACAGAUGUAUCCCUUUUUUUCCAGAUGUUAGAAAAAAUUUUAUGUUAGCAACCCCCAUAGAAGGGUUAGUGCAAUAGAGCUUAAAGUCUCUUGGUUUGCUCUUUAUAAUUCACAUUUGAGUUGGAUGGUUUAA